UAAGGAGGGGAGACGAGCAGCCGGGGCGACAUGGAAAGCCCGACCGAGAACCCGACCAGGGCUGCGGGGUAUCUGAAGGAGCUGAAUAAGAUCAUAGAGACGCAGCAGGAGUUGCUGGAGAGGCAGAGGGGAAGGAUCGAGGAGCUGGAGCAGCAAGUGUCCGACUUGUGCACGGAGAACGUGUGUCUGAAGGAGCAGUACCAGAGGCACCUGGCUACCUGCAGGCUGCUGCAGGGCAGCAACAGCCUGGUCGCCCUGGGGAGCAUCAAGGAGCAUGUCACCCAGGACAAGAAACAUGUGUCUCUGCCGGUGGACAUCAGCGAGAAGCCGGGCCGGCUGGUGUCCGAGGGCUGCAGAAGAGUCACGCCCUGCCGCAAGUGGAAGUCGGCCUCCUUUGGUGUGGAAGGGGAUGGACGGCCCAAUGAGAGCGGCCCUUCCCUGGAUGGUGGAGCCACCUACGGCCAGGGCCCGGUGACUCACGGCUCGGCCAUCAGCCCCGAUCGAUUUGACAGCCAGCUUUACAGCCACGGGGUCCAGCCCGGGCCUCAGAGGCCCCGUCGGCCCAAGCUCCAGCACUCGCAGUCCAUCCUCCGUAAACAGGCCGAGGAGGAGGCCAUCAAGCGGUCGCGCUCGCUCUCCGAGAGCUACGAGCUCUCCGCCGACCUCCAGGAUAAACAGGUGGAGAUGCUGGAGCGCAAAUACGGUGGGAGAUUCAUAACCCGGCAUGCGGCUCGCACCAUCCAGACAGCCUUCCGUCAGUAUCAGAUGAACAAGAACUUUGAACGUCUCAGGAGCUCUAUGUCGGAGAACCGCAUGUCCAGACGCAUCGUCCUGUCUAACAUGAGGAUGCAGCUCUCCUUCGAAGGCCCGGAAAAAGUGCACAGCUCUUAUUUUGAAGGGAGGCAGGUGUCCAUGACAGAGGAUGGCACUCCGCUGUCCAUGGUGCAGUCUGAGUGUGGCGAUAUCGAGGUUCACCAACAGGCCAACAUGGCCGCUCACGCGGCCCCGCAGAGUGACCUGACGGACGCCAUCACGGAACUGGAGGACGCCUUCUCCAGACAGGUCAAGUCUUUAGCCGAGUCGAUAGAUGAUGCUCUGAACUGCCGCAGCCUGCAGGGGGAUGAGGGUCCCGACCCGGAGGCCAUGGGUUGCACCACGGUGGAGGGUGAGGUACCCUAUCAGGUGAAAGCCCACCGCAGGGUGGCUGGACGGAUGCACGACGAGUCGAUGGCGUCCUAUAGUGAUGUUACUUUGUUUAUCGACGAGGAGGACAUGGGCCCUCCUAUCGCUCUCUCAAGGUCGGGCGAUCAUCCCUCCAGCACAGAAUCAGACUUACGGCUGCGGUCAGUCAACUCCUCCCAGGAAUAUUGGCCUAUCGACCCCAAAGAUGAGGGUCGUGACACAGACACUAGCUGCCGCAGCACUCCUUCUCUGGAGUGCCAAGAGCAGCGCAUUAGAAUGGACCAUCUUCCCCUCCUGACCAUUGAACCUCCUAGCGAUAGCUCCGCGGAGCUCAGCGACCGCUCCGAACGCAGCUCGGUCAAACGGCCGCCCGUGUACGAACCCCACGGCCACAUCGUGACGUCGUCCCAGGCGAGCCCCAAACACAUAUCCCACGGGCCCCCGCCGCGCGCUCCCUCCCGCGACGACGACGCGCCCCUGCGCCACCGCCACCGCCAGCUAGAGAGCCACCUGGCGAUCAACGGCUCGGCCAACAGGCAGAGCAAGUCCGAGUCGGACUUCUCGGACGGGGACAACGACAGCAUCAACAGCACAUCGAACUCCAACGACACCAUCAACUGCAGCUCGGAGUCCUCGUCCAGAGACAGCCUGCGGGAGCAGACUCUGAGCAAACAGACGUACCACAAGGAGACUCGCAACAGCUGGGAUUCGCCCAUCUUCAGCAACGACGUGAUCCGCAAGAGGCACUACCGCAUCGGCCUGAAUCUGUUCAACAAGAAGCCGGAGAAAGGCAUUCAGUACUUGACUGAAAGAGGAUUCAUCCCAGACACGCCGGUCGGUGUGGCUCACUUCCUGCUGCAGAGGAAAGGGUUAAGCAGGCAGAUGAUCGGAGAAUUUCUGGGCAAUCGACAGAAGCAGUUUAACCGAGACGUCUUGGACUGUGUGGUGGAUGAGAUGGACUUCCAGGGCAUGGAGCUGGACGAGGCCCUCAGGAAGUUUCAGAACCACAUCCGUGUUCAGGGUGAAGCCCAGAAGGUGGAACGGCUCAUUGAAGCCUUCAGCCAGCGCUACUGCAUCUGUAACCCCACGGUGGUGCGGCAGUUCAGGAACCCUGACACCAUCUUCAUCUUGGCCUUCGCGAUCAUCCUCCUCAACACCGACAUGUACAGCCCCAACGUCAAGCCCGAGAGGAAGAUGAAGCUGGAGGACUUCAUCAAGAAUUUAAGAGGUGUGGAUGAUGGAGAGGACAUACCACGGGAGACUCUGGUUGGCAUCUAUGAGAGGAUUCGUAAGCGAGAGCUGAAGACCAAUGAAGACCACGUCUCCCAGGUGCAGAAGGUUGAGAAGCUCAUUGUGGGAAAGAAACCAAUUGGAUCGCUCCACCACGGCCUUGGAUGUGUGCUGUCACUGCCCCAUCGCCGACUGGUGUGUUACUGCCGCCUGUUUGAAGUUCCAGAUCCAAACAAGCUCCAGAAGCUGGGUCUGCAUCAGCGGGAGAUCUUCCUGUUCAACGACCUCCUCGUGGUCACCAAGAUUUUCCAGAAAAAGAAGAAUUCGGUGACGUACAGCUUCAGACAGUCCUUCUCUCUCUACGGGAUGCAAGUCAUGCUGUUUGAAAACCAGUAUUACCCAAAUGGGAUCAGGCUUACCUCGGCGAUACCAGGUGCAGACAUCAAAGUACUCAUCAACUUCAACGCGCCGAACCCCCAGGACCGCAAGAAGUUUACAGACGAUCUCCGGGAGUCCAUCGCCGAGGUCCAGGAAAUGGAGAAAUACAGAAUAGAGUCUGAGCUGGAGAAGCAGAAGGGGGUGGUGAGACCCAGCAUGUCGCAGAGCUCCGGGCUGAAGAAGGAAGCCGGCAACGGGAACAUGAACCGCGCCAGUCUGGACGACAGCUACGCCAUGGGAGAGGGCCUGAAGAGGAGCGCCCUCAGCAGCUCCCUGAGGGACCUCUCCGAAGCAGGCAAGCGGGGGCGUCGCAGCAGUGCAGGAUCACUAGACAGCAAUAUGGAAGGGUCCAUCAUUAGCAGCCCUCACACGCGAAGGAGAGCCACCACGCCGCGCGAGGGCGCGCCCCGCGGCCAUCCCUCCAUCCCUAACUCUGCAUCCACUUCCAUCCUGGGGUCGCUCUUUGGCAGCAAGCGAGGGAAACCGUCAUCUCAGAGCCACCCUCCUUUCCCCGCCCCCGGCCACCCCACCCUCAUAUCCCACAAGCCCCACCCGACCAACCUGCACCACACAGCACAGGCGGUUCACGCAGCACAGUCCCAGCACCACGGCCACCAUUCCCAAUACUGCCAGGUCCCGCAGAACCCCCCGCCGUACCACCACCACCACCACUACCACCCGCCCCCCCACACGCAGUACCACCAGCACCCGGCCUACAGCUCGCACUCGCACCAACACUCCCACCCGCAGCAGCACAGCCACUACAGCCAGCAUUCCCAUCACUCCUCGCACUCCCAGCACGGCCCCCACCACCACAGUCAGCAGUCGGGCUCGGCGCCCGGUGGACCCAAACCCAAACACAGUGGCAUCAGCACCGUAGUGUGAUGCUCGGAACGCAGAGAGAGAGAGAGAGGAGAAGCAAGGAGAGGACUCAACGGAGGAGGGACAAUUGCUUACACCAAAGGGACUGACAGCAUAACUCUAUGGCCUGUCCACUGUGUUUCUGCUGCUGUGAUGGGAGCCAAUCACACGCAGUCACCUUUUUUCACUUCCAGGUCCAAAUAAUAUGCAGGAUGGAAAUCGGACUCAAAUCUUCCACUAGGGGCCUUUCAGUAGUUUGCCUGAUCAGGGGGCUUCGUUCCCCUCUAGGUGGGGAGGGUUUUUGCACAGGAAGAUGCUCUUUGUUUUCCACACACGCCCCCAUGCAUCGCCCGGCCGCGGCGGCCCGCAGCGAGAGUGCGUUUUCUCACCGAGCUGCUCCCCGUUUCUUCAUCCCCUCGAUAUCCUGUCCUACCUCCGCGCUACCCGGAGGAAAGAUGGCCUGAGAUGAGAACAUGGCUGACUGUUUUCUCUGUCUCGACAGCAACUUUUCUUGUGCACAAGCUUUCGAAAGUCAACUCUCAAAUCUUUUUGGUUUUCGGAUCCUACUAUCAUAUGAAUGCUAUCUGUUGUUGCCUCCCUUAGAGCUCAUAUGUAGUGAAAAACCUCGAUAUAAUCAUUUCACACUAACCUAAAUCAAAGGACAGGUGAACAACUCAACCGAGUCAGUCAUAGUAGUUCUAGUGCUGUAUUUACUGUAGAUGACAGCUAUACGUGUUGUCUCCUAGCUCUCAUAAUUAAAUGUGCCAAUUAUUAAUCCAUAAUCUAUUUAGUCAAGACUUCAUGUACAGUAUAUUGUGUGUAAAGUAAUUUGUAAGAUUAUACUUACAAUUAUUAUUAUCAGCAAAAAUGAAUUCUAUCAGUAUUAUACUGACUCUGUGGUAACAGGAUGUAGAUCUGAAAGGAGUGAACUCUCAUUCAGUCCGGCCUAUAAUUUCCUCUAUAAAGUUUUUUGCCUUUCAAGCGGAUCAGAGGGAGCCUCUGGACGGCAGCUGUUGCAUAAAGGCUUCAAAAUGCUGUGCUGCCACAGCCGAAGCCUCAAAGCAGACUUCUCCUGUCAGCUCCAGCAGUUAAUCAGCUCGGCUGGCUGCUCGGUAGGUCCGUUUACUUCUCAUACAGUGGCUGCUUAAUGAAUGAAUACGAGUGAAAAGACUUUUUUUUUUUUUUUUUUUUUUUUUUGUAAAAUCUUCAUGGCUCAGUUCCUGUUACACGUGGACCGGCUCAUUUGCGUUGAACACGAUAAGUCUGUUGCCUUUAACAUUUUGCAACAGCUGCUGUCUUUGACUCUCGCAAUUAAAAAAAAACAAAACAAAAAAAAAAACAUUUUUUUAAUCUUCAUUUUGCCUUGUUUAAAAUAUUUUUCAUUCACUAUCAGCAUAUGGUGAGUAAAUAAAAUGAGUUCUUACAUAGUGAAGUAUUUUUUUCAUCUUUUUUUCUAUUAUAUGUGCAAUAUCUUUGUACUGAUUUUGUACAUUAAGAACAAGCAAGGUGUCCCUUCUGUUUGCGUGUGCGUGUUUUUUUUUUUUUUUUUUCCUUUCUUCAUAUUGAGUCUUUAUUUAUUUUUCUUCAUUUCGACGCCCCCCCUGUCAGAGUCUUUUCUCUGUAAAUUAAUGUCUGGCUGUCCUCGUGGUCUUUUGAGAGGUACAGGCUUUGGAGUUCAGUGGAAUGUCUAGUAAGUGAUUUUUUGCAUGUAAUGUUAUUGAUGUGAGGCUAUCCUCUGCACAUUGUAUAACAAAUCAGUGUUACCAUAGCAAAGUUUUAAGUGCAAUCAUGUUCAGAAAAUGCAGACUUGUACUGAGAGUGGAGGUCUGUUAUCUUGUCCAGGAUGAGAUUCAGGUGAAAAUACGUUUUUUUUUUUUCCAUUUAAAAUAUAUAAAUACUUACACAGUUCACAAUGGAAAGAAGAAUGUGUGUAUAUAUUUUAAUAAAAGGAAUAUCUUACUCCUUGGCCUGAACAGAAAUAUUUUGCUGGAUAAGCACAUAUGAAAGAACACUUUCAUUUUUUUCAGGAAAUGCAGUUAUAAUAUACAAAAUGCAAACAAACAAAAGAACUGGGUAUAUGUAAAGAAUAACUUUCUACAUUCUACAAGAUAAGAGUCUAUUCUAGUGUGUAAAUUAGUGACAGUAAACUGUUUGUCCCAAUAUUCAGGUUGUAAAUGUAUUUUAGCAUUCACGAAGAAAACCAUUAUCACAAGUCAGGCUAACCUUCUCAUGUUUCUCCUUAUUUGAAUUAUCAAAAGAGGACGUUUAAAUGACAGACAUAUCACAAACGGGACAUUAAUGAUCAACUGAAUGUGUCUUCCCAAUGAUUUCAUGUCUUUGCUACAAAUCUGAAAUCUUGGGACGAUGUGAAACCGUUGUUUAUUUUCGGUGUGUGUUGUAGUGCUUCAAAUGUCUCCAGUCAUUCUUUGUGAGAAAGUACCCCGACAAUGCACUGCAUGGAUCUGAUGCAUCAUGUGUCCUAUUCACUGUGAGCUGAUGGGAAGAAGAAAAAAAAAAACAACAAAAGAAAAAAAAUCAGCCUUUAAAUUUUGAAUUCUCCGGUUUUGAUUUGGAUUUUUUUUUUUUUUUUUUUUUUCCUGAUGUUGACGUGUCCUUGUUGUUCCAUGUUAGCCUGGUAGUUAUAUUGAAGCUCAGCAUGCAUUUCAUCUACAAAGCCAUUGUGUAAAUUACAAAACAUGAAGAACAUUGCACUUCUGUUGCUGAGGGCUUUCAUCAUGUAAAUAAGGGAUUUUGAUGUGCAAAAUUGAUGAACCGCUUGAAGGAAGGGUUUAUCUUUAAUAAGCUGUAAAGGGACCAAGACUUGGGUUCAAGGAGAUGUAAAUAAUGUGUAUAUGAUCAGUAGUCUAUUCUGAUAUCUGCAGUUAAGAUCAGGAUGUACAAACAUCACCUUUAAGAUGGAUGUGAUAGGGUGAUAUAUGAACAUAUCGAUUGUCUCUGCGUCCAGAUGUUGGCAUUUUGCUGUGGAAAUUAAAAAAAAGACUGUUAGAAAGUUUGCCAUUUACAUCCAGCUCAUUUUCAUACAUGCAGCACACAGACACAAACACACACACACACGUAUAAUGUACACACAGACAAGUGGCACACAUCCUGCUGCAAGCUGUUCAGUCUGGCGUGAGACACAUUAAAAAAAAAAAAAAAAAAAAAACACGAGGAAGACAGGAAUGGCCUCAUUUAUAUGUGCAUUCUGUUUGUACAGUGAGUAGUGAGUCA